UCUUCAUUACAUUCAUUACAGUUUCAAAGAAGAUGGAUUCCCAGAAGAUGGAUUCUCAGAAGAUGAACUACCAAGCUGGAGAGGCCGCAGGCCAAGCUCAGGAAAAGGCUAACAACUUGAUGGACAUGGCUAGCAAUGCUGCUCAGUCUGCUAAAGAAACCAUACAAGAGGCUGGUCAACAGGUGAUGGCAGGUGCCCAAGGAGCUGCUGAUGCUGUUAAGAAUGCAACUGGCUUGAACAAGAAGUGAAAUGUUAAGCGGGAUGGAUCUUGAUCAUCCAGAUUAACUUAGUUUUUGUUUUUUAAUCUUG